AUGCCCAUGUUUGUGAUAGAGACCAAUGUGCUGAUCUCUGCAGUGCCCGACUCCCUGCUGAGUGAACUCUCCAUGCAGCUAGCCAAGGCCAUGGGGAAGCCUACCCAGUACAUUGCAAUGCACAUCUUGAGGGACCAGCUGAUGGCCUUUGGGGGCUCCUUGGACCCAUGUGUCCUCUGCAGCCUGCACAGCACCGGCAAGAUCACUGGACCCCAGAACAAGGGGUACAGCAAACAGCUCUGCAAGCAGCUCACCAAGCACCUCAAAAUCCCUGAGGACAGGCUCUAUAUCAAUUACUACGACUUGAACGCUGCCAACAUGGGCUGGAAUGGCUCCACCUUUGCCUGA